GGAGAGGGAGGGAGGGGGGAAAUCACUGUUUCUCUUUGUUUUCACCUACUAUUCCUUCAGCUUUUUAGACUUCACAUGACUCGAGGCGCGCUCUCUCUCUCUUUCUUUCUCUCUCUUGGUGGAUACUCUGUUUCCCAGUUGGUGGAUACUCUCGCCUGGAUGCCUUCCAACGGCUAAUUUUUCCAUUUCGCUUCUCUUCACCUCCUGGAAUCUUCUGGACACUGAGGAGCGAAGGGGGAAGGGGUUUUGUAAGUGGAGCUAGCUUUUUACGCGACUUUGUCAUAAGUAGAAGGCGGUUUUGUCGAGUGGGCCGCGGGAAUUCGUUGGUAGAGUGGGGGCUUCGAGGAGAAAGAUUGGAACUUAGCUAUGGGGAAGUGAAGUUUGGGGGAACGGAUUGAUCCAUCGAUGCCUUCUUGGACGUAGUUUUUGGGUUUGUAGCAGAUUGGCGCUGUCUUUUGGCUUGGCGCUGCCUAAAGGUCAGAGCUUGAGAGAAAAAUCCGGAAUCUGUGUGCUUUCGGAGGCGCUUAGACCGCAGGAUGGCGAAAUUCUGAAGGAUUAAUCCGUUUCGAGGUCCUUGGAGAUUUUGAAGAGCUCUCGGGUGGGAAAAAAGGUAAACUUUUUUCUUUAUCUACGAGUUAGAUUGUGAAAGUAGGUAUUUUGGUACUUCCCUCCAUAGACCUUUCGUUUUCCCCAAGCCAAAGUUCUCUUGGGCACAGAAAGUAAGCUGGCCAUUUGAGAAAUAGGCUGUGGGAAGAGCAAAAAUAGCUCCUUUGGGAUCUUUGACUCCUCGGAGAGAAAGAGGAGAAAGUGCUGCUCUUUUGUUUUUUUGGUAGAAGAGUGCUGCUCUUUGAUAUUUUGACCGAGGGUUUAGAAUUUAAGAAUUGAGCUUUAAAUGGAAUUGUAGCUUUCAAAAUCUAGAAAAAAAGGAAGAUUUUCUUUUUAAUAAAAAAAACUAAAAAGAAAAUCGGGCGUGCUUCAAGAAUCUUCCAUUGAGAAAAUUUUGUAUGCUGAUUUGCGUGGAUUGAGAGUUUGCUCAGCAAAGGAAAAUUCAUUUUCAUGUAGUCCUUUUGAGUUUCAAAGAGGAAUGGACGUUUAAUGAAGUUGGCUUCCUCUGUACUGUAGAGCAGCACUAGAGUCUAUGAGCUAAAUGGGUUCCUCAGGGUCCAAACCAUGUAAAAAUGAAGCUUUGAUCCUCUGCAAGGAGCGCACACGAUGCAUUAAAGAGGUUAUCAAUUCAUGGUAUGCUUUAUCGGCAGCUCAUCUUUCCUAUAUCCAAUCCCUUCGUAGGGUCGGUACUGCUCUAAGGCGAUUUGUGGAGGCUGAAAUUAUGGCAGAGUCAUCUCUAUCCAUUUCAGAAUUGGAGAAAUCUCCAACCCAUUCCUCAUAUGCCUCACCAUCGCCUUCUCGCUUUCCUGAACAUGUUGGCUCACCAUCACUCAGUGAAAGCCCAUUGUCACCUCGGCUCUCCAAUUUGAGUUACAUGAGGGCAACCGACAGUGCUGCUGUCACAGUUACAAUCAAUUCAUCUGCGGUGGAUUUUGUCGAAGAAGAGUCUCUUACCUUUUCCCUGCCUCCAGCUGCACCUCCAGAAAUAAGUUCCUCAUGGGACUUUUUUGAUCCUGCUGAUGCCAUGGAUAGUGCUGGGGUGCAUAAUGGUGAAAGCGCUCACAGCUUAAACUUUAGUAGGUUGAUGGGCUUGAGACAGUUAAAAGAAGCAGAAGUGGUUCCUUUAUUGGAAGAGGAAGCGCCAAACUCCUAUAGGAAGAAAGAACAAUUGAAACGGGGUAAGGCUGAUUUGGAGGGAAUAAAUGAGAAUGCCAGGUCUGUAGAUUUGAUUCCGCCAAAAGGAGAUGAGGGAAGAGAAGUGAAGGCCGGAUGUAAUAGUGUAAAUAGGUCAGUUGAAGCUUUGACUAAAAUUGCCUCAUCUGAGCUAGAUGUGUCAAAGAUGGAAAAAGAACUUCAUGCAGAGAGGGAGGAUGCUUCUGAGUUCAUCACUCACAGGGCCAAAGAUUUCCUGUCCAGUAUGAGGGACAUUGAGCACCGUUUCCUUAGGGCAGCAGAAGCUGGCAAUGAGGUAUCUAGAAUGCUCGAGACAAACAAGAUUCGGCUUGGUAUCUCUUUGGAGACAAUAGAGUUUCUCGAUGAAACUCUUUGUUCUACAGGCCAACCACCUGCUUCUCAAUUGCUUUCAGCCUUUCAUCAUGUCUGUUGCAAGGGGGAGACAGUACACAAGCUUCAAUCCACCCAUCUUGUGACAAAGGUCAUCACUUGGAAUCGCUCAAUCUCAUCUUUGUCAUCAUCAUCUAGGACUCCUCUUGCAUCAGCAGCAAAAGAUGAUGGUGGUGACAGCAGUAGUGAUUUUGUUGAAGAGUUCUCCAUGAUUUCAGGGAGCCAUUCAUCUACUCUGGACAGGCUUUAUGCAUGGGAAAAAAAACUUUAUGAUGAAGUAAAGGGUAGUGAGUAUAUCAGAAAAGCAUAUGAUCAGAAAUGCAGUCAGCUAAGACACCAAUCUGCAAGGGAUCUUAAUGCAAAACUGAUCGACAGAACUCGAGCAGUUGUAAAGGAUCUGCAUUCACGAAUAAGGGUAGCCAUUCAUUCAGUUGAUUCAAUAUCAAAAAGAAUUGAGAGGUUAAGGGAUGAGGAAUUGCAUCCACAACUUGUAGAGUUGAUACAAGGGAUGAUCAGAAUGUGGAAAGCUAUGCUCGAAUGCCAUCAUGCACAGUUCAUUACAAUCUCUUUAGCCUACCAUAUGAAAAGUUCAGCAGCAUCACCUCAUGGUGAGCCCUACAGGCAGGCAUUAAUGCACCUUCAGAGCGAGUUGGAGUGCUUUCGUUCAAGCUUUGCCAAUUGGGUAAAUGCUCAUAAAUCCUAUGUAGGAGCUUUAAACGCCUGGCUUCAGAAGUGCCUCUUGCAACCCAAAGAACGCCGGAAGGGAAGGAAGGUAUCCUUCCCCCCUCGUCAAGCCCUUUCACCCCCUAUAUUUGUUCUUUGUCAUGACUUGCUGGCUGGCCUCAAUUCGCUUCCCUCUGAGGAGUUAUGUGAUUCCAUAAAGGGCAUUGUCUCUGUCCUACACGACUCCUUCGAGCAGCAAAUGGAAGUGAAGCAAACAGGAAAAAAUGCUGAGAAGCCAGAAAAUGAUCGAGAAUUUGAGAAGAAUGAAGAUGAGAAAUGUAGGAGAGCUUUGAACUUAGACAACUUGCAGUCAAGCUUAACAAGGUUAUUUGAUUGGUUCACGAAGUUCUCAGAGGCCUCACUUAAAGUUUAUGAAGAUGUCAAGCAGGGAAAUGAGAUAGCUCGUAUUGCUUAUACAGAUGAUGGUUUAAGGUAAUUGACAUAUGGUUAAGCAUUGUUCGUGUAAAUUUAUCAUCAGUGGAAUUCUCUUUCCAGAUUGAAAUAAAGUUUGAGUACAAAAUUUCAUACUGGAAAAUGCAGACAGUGGAAUCCAAUGAGGUUCUGAACUUUUUGAUCCAUGUCUUUAAAUGGCAUGUGCUGUUCAGUACCGCGCCAUCGGUUGGUGAAGCCUGCAGCAGUCGAGAUCAUGUAAGGUUUAUAUUCUCUAGCUCAGGUAACAGGAGUUUUGAUAUGUUGGCAUAGGUUGCCUGCAUCUGAAAUUUGUUCGAUAUACAGAAUUUUGUUUAUUUCUAUUAACUGAUAAAAUUUGCCUUUGAUGCAAACCUUGUCAAAACCUUUUGCAAAAAUGUCCUGGUUCCAUUGAGAC